CAGUAUGGAACUCAGUUCGGUGAUCUUGCAAAUAUCCUUCCUUAUAAUAUUCGGCAAAAUGUUGGCAUUUGGUUUUGUCGGACCCGAAGAACGUAAAUGUAAAUAUUUGCGGGUGGAGAAGUUGCUGAAGAUUCGCUGUUUCGAUAUGAAUCUGAAGGAGGUGCCACAAUAUCUGAAGUCAUCGGUGGAGGUCUUAGAUUUAUCCUACAAUCGCAUUAAGAAGCUAAAGCGCAGCUCAUUUCAGCCAUACAAAAGCAUUAAAUAUUUACUGCUCUAUGACAAUAUGAUACAGUCGGUGGAACCGGGUACCUUCUCACAUCUGACAUCACUACAGGAAAUUGAUUUAUCAAAUAAUGGCCUAUUGACAAUACCCCUGGAACUAUUACAACUGCCAUCGCUGAGAAAUUUGUACAUAGACAGUAAUGAGCUAAUACAUUUGGAACGUGAUCUAGAGGCUCUCGAUAGGCCAAUUAAGGCCCCAUUGGAAUAUUUAAAUGUGGCCGAUUGUGGUCUACAGGAUAUACCCGAUUUGGGUAUAUUGCCAAAACUAUGGCACAUUAAUGCCUCCAUGAAUCCUUUGAUGGACCUCAGCAUAGAUCGUUUUGCAAAUAUGUGCAAUUUGAAAAGUAUCGAUUUGACAAGGACGAAAUUGACGCAAUGCCAGUGUCAACAGGCCAAUAAUCAUCUGAGGGCCUUGUCGGUUAAAACGAAAUUUGUCCCGGUUUGUGUGGACACCUUGGAUCCCUCCGUCUGUCCACUGCCAUAUAAUUUUACCAUCGAUUCGGAAACAUUUCACACAUGCAAGACAUCGGUGGCGAAAGCGGAAGCUCGUAAUCUUUGGAUGUUUGUGGCCGGCUGUUGUGGUGGCAUUCUGGUCGUAAUUCUAUUGGUCUGGUAUUGCAUACACCGUAAACGUAAGCGACGCAACAAGAAAUUACGUGCCGCCCAAUUGCAUCGCAAAAGUUUGGUGAUUUCACCGAAAAAUGCCAUCAAUAAAAAAGAAAUGGAAUUCCAUUGUAAUCACAACGAUGAGCUGUUGUGCUGUGAUACUGCCUAAG